AUGUUGAGGGUCCCUCGGUUCCAGUCCUUUGCAUGGCAAGGACUGCGCUCACUAGGCUGUGCCUCUGGUAUCUAUAGGAGUUUCUCCUACUCAACUUUCAGGAACAGCCACCAAUUCAGCCAGAUCCCUUCGCAGAGUCCCGACCAUCAAUCUCAAUAUGAGCGCUUCUUCCGCUACAGCAGCGGCUGCUGGCUCUGGGACGAGGAAGAACAGAUGCGUCUGCGCUACGCGCCCUUCGACGUGCAACGACUCCAGCAUCUGGCCGCUGCCGCCGUCGGGGCGCGCACAUGUAUCGCCAUGGCCAAGACGGCCGAGGGCGACUACAGCAAGAGCUUCCGUCUGACCAUGGACAAUGGCGCGACGGUCAUCGCAAAGAUAUCGCGUCCAUUCGAGGCGCCAGAAUACUACACGACGGCGUCGGAAGUAGCCACUAUGGACUUUGUACGGUCCGUGCUGAACAUCCCUACUCCGCACGUCUAUGCCUGGAGUGCGGACAGCGCGAAUUCCGUCGGGGUGGAAUAUAUCCUCAUGGCGGAGCUCGAAGGGUCGCCACUGGAAGAGAUUUGGGACCAGCUGCCGCUGGAGGAAAGGAUUCCCAUUCUCGAUGACCUUGUCGCUGUGGAGAAAAAGUUAUCUUCGGUGUUCUUCAACCGAUACGGGAGUAUAUACUUUGCCAGCGAUAAUGUUCCCGGAGCAGUACCUGCUGAGAUCACCGGUGACGUGCCGGCAGAAGCCAAAGACCAAUUCAUGCAGCGAUAUUCCAUCGGCCCAGUUACUGACACGGAUUUCUGGCGGAAAGAACGCGCUGCCAUGGAGACGGAUCGUGGGCCAUGGAAACAUCCCCUCGAAUACCUUCUCGCACUAGCCUCGUGCCAGGAGCAAUGGAUAGUACGUCAUGCGAGCGCAAACACCCCCAGCAAUGUGUGCGCAUAUUCCGCCGCGCAGUAUUCCCCCGCUGCUCAUCUUUCUCUGCUGCAAAAGUUCCGCCCAUACCUUCUCCCGGAUGAACCCGCCACUACUACUGCGCCCAUGAUCUGGCACACAGGCAUCCACCCAGGCAACUUUUUCGUCAAAGACGGCCGCAUCACCGGCAUCACAAACUGGCACGAAGUGUGGGCGCGGCCAUUGAUCCUGCAGUCAUCCACCCCGCGUGGUGCAGUUCUACGGGGAGAGGAUCUCCGAACUGCCGCCUAA